ACGACAACGUUUGGCUCCGCUUUCACAGCACGGGCGAUCCAAUAACACAAAUACACAAAUACUCAACCGUGGCCCAGUCUCUCACACACUUUCGUUCAUCUGUCCAACGAUGCCGUCCGUGAAACCCUUAGCGACCGCCGCCGGCGCGCUACGAGCCCGUGUUAGUUCGGGCCUCCGCACCAGAGGAGGACACGGGCCGAAUCCAUUCACCACUGCGGGCCACCAGGAUCGACCUAACGGAUACCUAUUCAACCGUGUUCCACCACCGCCUGGACAGUCCCGUAAAUGGGAGGAUUGGGAACUCCCUUGCUACAUCACCAGCUUCUUCACCAUCGUCAUCCUGGGUGUGGGACUCAAUGCCAAGCCCGAUCUCACCCUUGAAACUUGGGCCCACCAAGAAGCCCUAAAACGCCUCGAACUUGAAUCCGCCGAUGCGGAAUAAUAUGUGGAUCUGCUCGGGUAUGGUUUUGAAUUCCGCCCUUUUUUGGAUUGUCAAAUUAGGGCUUCGAUAAAUGGGGAUAGUUUUCCUUGUUUAUAGUUUGUGUUUUUAGAAAGUUGGGAAAUAAAUGUUAAAACUUUUAAGCGUAGACUUGAAGUUUGAGCUUACUGUUUUGUUCAGUUCUAAUGAAACGUUGGAUGCUGUAAACGCAGCAAUAUGAUAAUUGUGAAAUGACAAUGGUUGACAAUAUUAUUCUUUUUCAGUUUCACUCGGGAA